AUGGAGACACAUGUCUCUAAAAGUAACAAGAUGUCCAGAAAUCACAAGGACAAAUAUGAAAGUUCAAGUUCGCGUCGUGCCCACUCAAUUAUGUCUACUGAGGAAGCUAAUUCCGGGAAGAAAUCUCAUUGGCCGGAAUUGGAGAUAACAGGGAAUGUUAAAAAUUUAAGCCCUAAUUUAUGGCAACUCAAACAUCUGACUGCGUUAUAUCUCAAUGACAAUAGCCUGCAAAGGAUACCCAUUGAAAUAGGACGUUUAUCUAAUUUAAAAGUAUUGGAUUUGAGUAAUAACAAAUUACGGAGCUUGCCAUCUGAACUUGGGGACCUUAUCAACCUUAAAGAGUUAUUGUUAAACCAGAAUUAUCUUCGCGUGUUGCCGUAUGAGUUAGGGAAGUUAUUUCAGUUACAAGUGUUAGGACUCCAUGGAAAUCCGCUCAGCAAGGAAAUGAUGGCGUUGUAUGGUGAACCUCAAGGAACUCACAAGCUGUUGUCAUUCAUGCUCGACAAUUUACAAGAAAUAUUUUUGUCGACCUCCGCUGAGUAG